CCGCCUCCCGGAUGCUGUGACCACUCAAACCCUGGGGCAGGAGGAGUCAGUUCUGCAUUUCAGAAAACCCUCUUCUCCAGGUGUGGCUCCCCUGCUUGCUUAUUGCUCUGUGCACCAUGGAAGCCAUCGUAGCCUCUUCCGUCGUCGCCAAGAUCAUGUCAGCAGCGAGCCUGGCCAAAGCUGGCGGGGCGGCCUCCAGCGCUGUCCUGGCUGGGCUGUCAUCGAAGAUCCUGUCGGCAGCGAGCCUGGCCACAGCCACAGCUGGCGGGGCGGCCUCCAGCAAUGUCCUGGCUGGGCUGUCAUCCCUGGGGCUCACGGUGUCAUCCAAAGCCGCCCUGGGCUCCGCUGCAUCCACCCUGGGGUCCAUGCUGGGGACGCUGCAAGCCUCCUCCCUGCUGGCGUCCCCCGUGGCAGCCAUGACCGCUAGCCCACUCGCAGUCAAGGCUGCCGCGGCGGCGAUCGGAGGAGCCGUGACGGUGGGCGCUGUGCCCGUGGUCCUGGGCGCCGUGGGCUUCACCGGGGCAGGAAUCACCGCCUCCUCCUUGGCGGCCAAAAUGAUGUCGGUAUCCGCCAUCGCCAACGGGGGCGGGGUGGCCGCUGGCAGCAUGGUGGCUACUCUGCAGUCGGUGGGAGCCGCCGGGCUGUCCCUGUCGUCCAAAGUGCUCGUGGGCAGUGCUGGGGCCCUGGUGUCCCUGGUCGUUUAGCUUCCUGUCGCUCCCGGUAUGGAGAAGAGGACCGGGUGCCUGAUGCAGCGGGGUCCAGACCCGGGGUGACGGUGUGCCACAUGCCGCACCCCCCGAAAAAAAUAAAGAAUAAAAGCGAGGUGUUGUCACACCUCUCGGAUUC